CCUGUCCUAUCACCUACUGUCACAGAACGGCCAUGCUGUCCCCCGGGGCUGUUUUAUUCUUCACCCUGAUCUUGAUGGCCAGUUCGCUGGGCCAAAGGACUCGAAAACCUUAUGGGUCUACAUCCCCCAUCAGCACCAUCCAGGCCCAGGCCAAUUUCAAUGCUCAGCAGUUUGCAGGGACAUGGCUCCUUGUGGCUGUGGGCUCUGCAUGCCGCUUUCUUCAGGAGCAGGGACACCGGGCUGAGGCCACUACAUUGCACAUAGCUCCCCAGGGUGCAGCUAUGGCUGCCAGCACCUUCCGAAAGCUAGACGGGAUCUGCUGGCAGGUGCGCCAACUCUAUGGAAUCACAGGGGUCCCUGGCCGCUUCUUGCUCCAAGCUCCACGGGCCCGUGGGCCAGUACAUGUGGUUGUUGCUGAGACCGACUACCAGAGCUUUGCCAUCCUGUAUCUGGAGCAGGCGAGGAGGCUGUCUGUGAAACUAUACACCCGCACACUGCCUGUGAGUGAUUCUGCCCUGAAUGCGUUUGAGGAGCGAGUCAGGGGAGCCAACCUGACAGAAGACCAGAUCUUUUUCUUUCCCAAGUAUGGUUUCUGUGAGACUGCAGACCAAUUCCACAUCCUGAAUGAGAUGCCGAAGUGAAAUGAGGCCAUCUAGUAGAGAAGCUAUGGACUCCCCUCAGAGAGUUCUGAGCAUCCUGAAUACAAUCUUGGAGUCUUUCCUGUCUCUCCCCAGAAGCACCCCUUCAUACGGCUCUGUUGUCCUGAGACUUUUCAGUAAACAUCAGACUUGGC